GCGCGGCCGGCGGCGGGUCCGUGCGCGGCCCGGGGGCGCCGGGCUGCAGCCUCGCGCCGCUGCCCGCAGCAUGCCCCACGGCGCGGCGUCCCGGCCAGCAGCGGCCGGGGGGAGAAGUUGAAGGCGCCAGGAGCUGCCCGAGGAGGAUGGAAAUCCUGUAUGAAUGUGGAAGCCAUUAGCAGAGUAAUUGCUGUCUGUUACCAUGACAACCAGCCGCUGCAGUCACCUGCCCGAAGUCUUACCAGACUGCACCAGCUCCGCUGCUCCCAUGGUGAAGACUGUGGAGGAUUGUAGCAGUCUUGUGAAUGGACAGCCGCAGUAUGUCAUGCAAGUUUCAGCCAAGGACGGGCAGCUGCUGUCAACAGUAGUACGGACACUUGCCACGCAGAGCAGCCCCUUCAAUGACAGACCAAUGUGCAGGAUCUGCCACGAAGGCAGCAGUCAGGAAGACCUGCUCUCUCCAUGUGAAUGUACAGGAACCCUGGGGACUAUUCAUCGCAGCUGCCUGGAGCACUGGCUGUCAUCUUCAAAUACCAGCUACUGUGAACUCUGCCACUUCAGGUUUGCAGUAGAGCGCAAGCCCAGGCCAUUGGUAGAGUGGCUAAGGAACCCAGGCCCACAGCAUGAGAAACGAACUCUGUUUGGAGACAUGGUGUGCUUCUUGUUUAUAACUCCAUUGGCGACCAUCUCCGGCUGGCUGUGUCUGCGGGGAGCAGUGGACCAUCUGCACUUUAGUAGUAGGCUAGAAGCUGUUGGCCUCAUUGCACUCACUGUCGCACUCUUCACUAUUUACCUCUUUUGGACCCUAGUAUCAUUUAGGUACCACUGUAGAUUAUACAAUGAAUGGCGUCGGACCAAUCAGAGGGUGAUACUCAUAAUCCCAAAGUCUGUCAACGUUCCUUCGAACCAGCAGUCCUUGCUGGGCCUGCAUUCAGUCAAAAGGAACUCAAAGGAGACAAUCGUUUGAUUUCGGCAGUUCUGCACUGGGGCCAUGCACUAAAUAUACUUUCUUAAACCCGGUGGGGUCUGAUUCCAUCCAGAACCUGGUAGUAUGCUAUUCUGAUUUAUAAACUCUUUGCGGAGGAAGGAAUCACUGUUUUAAUUCAAAUCAUGGAUGCUGCAGUCAUAUGAUAUUUGCUAAGCUGCCAAACAUGUUUAUUUAGCAGAUACUGUAUGGAAUUCUACAACCUUGUGUUAAUAACCGCAUCAUCAGUGAUGCAAACCCUCAUUUUUUUUAUUAUUGUUUAAAAAUAUUAAACUAUGAUAAUUAACAAUGCAAAACAAAUGUAAAAAGUGCUUUCGUUUUAUUUUUUGUUUGCUGUUUCUGCAGUAUCAUUUUUUUUUUUUUAGGUAGUUGGAUGGGACGCAGUGCUGUAUUUUUAAUUUUUCUGAACCAAGAGGAUGGCAUUACAGAUGGAUAUUCUGUUACAGUUAAUUUUAUUUGAAGGACAUUUUAUACUAAUAACUUGGAUUAUUAAAACAACUUUUUUUUUUUUUAAA